AUGUAUAAUAAUGAAAGCUCAGCGGGCGUAACGGUAAUCGACGACUUUAAAGACGAUUGUGUGCCAAAUCUGCAGUUAUUUUUGGUAUGUUACACCUUGAUUCAAGAGUUAUGUUAAUUGAAAGUCUAUUUUAUACGCCAAAAAUAAAAAUGAAACAAUAUUUUGUCAAGAAAAACGACAUUUUGCAAGCUGAAAAAGCAUGUAACAAAUUUUUGAGAAAGGAAGACUUGACGCAAAGUUAAAUUUCUUUUGGGUCAAGUCUUUCUGUGGAGUAGGAAAAUAUUUGACAGAUACUAUCGAGUAGAAUUGUUACACUUUUUUAACAUUUUAAGGUUAAUUUUUACAUUUUCAGCCAUUUAAAUUCAUAUUUGUUGGUCUCCUCGGUGCCACAAUAGCACUAUGCUCAAUAUUCCACAACCUUCUGCUCAUCCACACCUUCCAAACCUCAUCCACAUUAAGAAAACGAAGGUUAACAUACCUGAAAAGCGUAUGUUUGUGUGACAUCUUGACUUCGGUGUCGUAUCUUUGGAUCAUGAGUGGUCAGAUAUAUGCAGAGUACUUUGAAUGGGAAUGGCUAUUCGGUGCCUGGCAUUACGUACUCAACUUCACCUUCACCAUAUCUAAUGUCAACAUUUGUACGGGUUCGUUUUUACUGGUGGCUGCUACUUUGGAACGGUAUUUACAGAGCGUGCCGAGGGAACGGUGUGUUAAUCUUAUAACUUUUUUGUGAUUAGGCUACCUGUGAUAAUAUAGUGUUAUUUAACGAUGUAUUUGCUUGUAAAAUUUACAUUUUUGAAAAAGGACAUUGCUUUUAUGAUGAUAUUGUUGUAGUUGUGCUAAAAUGGCUAAAACAAUGGCAAAGAACCGCUCUUGUGGAGUGGCAAUGGCUGUGUUAUUGGCGGUAAUAUUUCGAGGCAGUAUCUUCUUUGAAAUUGAAGUAAGUUUAGCACUUUAUGAUAAUACCGCCAUGUAAAAAUGUAGUAUAAAUUCUUUUUUCAUUAUCGUUUUAUUCUGUAAUCGAAAAAUGAUUUUGAACUUCCAGAUUUUCUACCGCAAAUGCACAGGUUUGGCAGCUAUGGGAGUAAAGCUAAGUGAUCUGGCGUUGGAGCCUGGCUACAACACUGUGUGGAGAUUCUGGAUCCGUCGUCUGGUCACAAUAUUCUUGCCUUUCUUUAUCAUGGCUUGGUGUAAUGCAAUGAUAGUGCUGAGCACCCAAAAGAAGGAAAAAGGAACGUUCUUGAGAGCGCUGAUCUGGUUCAAUGCUGAUGGGAAACCGUAGGUCUUAAGGGAUUUUUUUGGUAUUUUGCAGAGUUUAAAACAGAAAUAGAAUAAAUGCUAUAAUACUUCUAGAGCGCAUAAUAAGGUAUAUUUUUGCAAGUUUGUAUAGAGAUUAGUUAUUGUAAAACUUAGUUAUGAUUGUUUAAUGUUUGGAAAUUGCUGAAUAAUCAAAAUUUUACGUCAUCUUUUACAGAGUAACUCCAUCAGCCCCACGAAGUCGAGUGCGUGCUGCUACUCGAAUGUUGAUAGCGGCCGUAACUCUGUAUCUUUGUGCCAACUUCUUGGAUGUCUUCAUCUCAACUUGGGAGUACAUCGACGCUUCAUCGCUACAACAACUGGAUGGAUUCUACACAAUCGCUACGGAUGUAUCGUCGUUGUUGUCGGUGGUGGCAGCCGCGGCUCGCUUGCCAGUGUACAUGAUGACGGACAGAUUCAUCCGGGAGGAGAUUCAAGAAAGAGUAAGCAAUUUAUGGCCUGUCCUACGUAAACUGGUCUACAGGUCUGGCCCCCACGAACCGAGCUCGAAACUGAUAAGGACGGCCUGAACUGGCUAUCCCGGCGCACGCUAGGAUGGCUGGAUCAUGUGCGGCACUGGAGCGAGCUCAACGAGAAACAACAAGUUAUUAUUGUGUAG